CUAAAAUUAAACGUAUUACGUACCGUUAAAAUCGUGCUUGCACGACGAGACCUACGCGCAAGGGGCACCUCAGGCCUCAAAAAUCUUCCUCAAAGCCAAAUCUCCUAUUCUAUCUCAUUCCAGGAGAUAAUCAACUUAAUUGAGAACGCAAAAGGAAGAGGGUUUCCAUUCGAACAACGUCAAGCUUAGAGCCUUUGAGGGAAAGAGAAAGGAAAAAUCUUUCUCUUUCCAAGGCUCCUUUUCCUCUUUCUCUCUCAUUUUCUCCAUUCUCGUUUUCCUCCUGUUUGGAGCCUAAUUUUCCAUGAUGAUAAGGAAGCUGUGUCCUAAUCUUGAUAAACAAGAUGGCCUGGAAACCGUCCUGGAAGUGCCUAUACCCGAAGAGAUGUACACCAAAAUGGGUAGCAAUGCGGCUUUACGGUGGCAAAAUAUGCGUGCUUUAAUGAAAGCUCAAUCAGCUUUUGAUAAGUCAACCCAUCUCCAGGCUAAAUCAGACAAUGAGUUCUUGGCUUUGCUUAAGAUUGUUGGUGCUCCUCUCAUCCCUUGUCAGGUCCAAUUAGAGAAUUAUACACUUUCAAGUCCCCUCAAAGAUUGCUCUAUUGAAUCUUCUACCGCAAAAUAUAUAGUAGAGCAGUAUGUAGCUGCUACCGGAGGACAUUUGGCAUUGAGUUCAGUGACAAGCAUGUAUGCAGUGGGACAGGUGAAAAUGCAGGGUUCAGAGAUGCAGCAGGGUGAUGAUAGCGUGCAUGCCAGAGGCAAUUUUGAGGUUGGCGGGUUCGUAUUAUGGCAAAAGAACCCGGAUUUGUGGUAUUUAGAACUAGUUGUCUCUGGUUUCAAGGUUAGUGCAGGCAGUGAUGGUAAGGUUGCUUGGAACCAGUCGUCUUCACAACCCGGUCAUGCAAAUAGAGGCCCUCCACGACCCCUACGCCGAUUCUUCCAGGGAUUGGACCCCAGGUGCACAGCUAGCUUAUUCUUAGAUGCAGUUUGCAUAGGAGAGCAGGCAAUUAACAAUGAAGAUUGUUUCAUACUCAAGCUUGAAACUGCUUCAAACGCCCUCAAAUCUCAAAGUUCAGCUCAAACAGAAAUAAUCCAUCACACAAUCUGGGGAUAUUUCAGCCAAAGAACAGGACUUCUUGUCAAAUUAGAGGAUAAGAAGCUGGUCAAGAUGAAGCCCCCCAAUGGAAACGACAGCGUAUUUUGGGAGACCAGCGUGGAAUCUGUGGUUCAAGAUUACAAAUACAUUGAUGGCAUCAACAUAUCACAUAGUGGAAAGACUAUGACAACACUUUACAGAUAUGGAAAGUCACAUAACCACAAGAGGAAGAUUGAAGAAACUUGGAGGAUUGAUGAGGUUGAUUUCAAUAUUUGUGGGUUGUCCACCGAAACGUUCCUGCCUCCAGCUGAUCUCAAGAGAGAGCAAGAAGAGCAAUGA